AAAAAAAAAAAGUUAAUAUAGACGGAGGCGCUUGAGAUGACGCGGCUGUGACAGAUCUGAGCGACCACCGGUGGCGCUGCUCAACGUUCUCCUUUUAUAUGCCAACUCCGGCGUUGACGGUGGUCAAACUCACAUUACGGCACUGAAGAAGUCUGACAUCUCUCUCUCUCUCUCUCUCUCUCUCCUCCUUCUGUCGUGGCAAAAGCCACGACGGAGCCUCCGGUGAUGGAGCGCUUCAGGCCACGCCGGCCGUUCCCGGGCCAUCGGCUGCCAAUGCCGAUUCCACGUAAGAACACGACCUCUAUGAUCGCGACGCUCGCUCUGUUAGAAUCUUUGAGAUAGCAUGGGUAGGACCAUUCAGUUGUACGGGUUCUACUGGCCCAUCAGUGCAGAAGCAGUCAAGGAUUUUCUGGAGCAAUAUCUUGGCAAAAUGACUGUUUAUGCAGUGGAAAUUCUGAAACCAAGAUCUGGAGAGCAAAGAACACGUGCACAUGUUCAAUUUACUGCUAAAUGUGACGGUGAAGAUAUUAUUUUUCUCGCUAAUUGCAAAAAUCUCUGGUAUGGCAAUUCAUAUUUAAAGGCUUCGGAAUGGGGUUCUGAUAUUGUUCCAAAUCCCAAGGUCUUUGAGCACUGCCUGGAUGAUGUAACUUUGUAUUUUGGAUGUCAGACUUCUGAGAAUACGUUCACUGCCUUGUGGGAGAGCCCAAAUGCCUCUGUAAAAUUUGGAUUUGGCAUGAGAAAAUUGUUUUUCCUCUUAACCUAUGGUUCUGUGGACUACAAGCUUGAGCUCUCCUAUGAGAAUAUUUGGCAGAUUCAGCCGCACCAACCACGUGGUCAAACUCUGAAGUAUCUAGUCAUUCAGUUACUAGGUGCCCCUCGGAUCUAUGAAAAAGAUUCCUGCACUCUCAAAUAUUUUAUGGCAGCCCCUGAUGACCAAUGGGUCAGGGAAGUUGAUUUUACCCCAUCUUUCUGUAUUGGCCAAGCUUCCUCUUUGUGUUUGAAACUUCAGGGUCAUCAUCAGCUUCCUGAUUUUGAUAAGUAUCUUGUUUGCUGCAAAGAACAGAGUGGGCAGUUCACCCUGAAAUGUACCCCUCCUUGUACUUAUCAUUCAGAUCUUGUACCUGUUGUGCUUCCACCUGCCGGAGUUGCCUUGCCAUAUGGAAUCUUGUUCAAGGUCUGUUCCUUGGUUCAGCAUGGGUAUCUGCCGUGGCCGGUUCUGGAUUCAAAAUUUUUCCGGCUGAUUGAUCCGAGAAGAAUGGACAUGAAUGUUGCUUGCAUAGAACAUGCUUUGGAAAAACUGGGUCGUCUAAAACAGUGCUGUUACCAUCCUGUAACUUGGCUUGAGGAGCAGUAUCGGAGGUAUCUGAGUACUGACCAUAAACCUACAGCUGGCACUCUUUCUUUAGAUGAUGGGUUGGUGUAUGUACGUAGGGUUCAAGUAACUCCUUCUAAGAUGUAUUUCUGUGGUCCAGAAGUGAAUGUUUCCAAUCGGGUGCUGCGUAACUAUCUUGGAGAUAUUGAUAAUUUUCUCCGCGUUUCUUUUGUUGAUGAGGAACUUGACAAAAUUUAUUCAACAAAUUUGUCUCCACGCAACUCUGCAAAUGAUGAAAGGCGAAGCGGAAUUUAUAAGAGGAUAGUCUCAACAUUGAGAGAUGGAAUUGUCAUUGGUGAUAAGAAGUUUGAGUUUCUUGCCUUUUCAUCAAGUCAAUUACGGGAUAGUUCUGUUUGGAUGUUUGCUUCCAGGGAAGGGCUUACUGCAGCAGAUAUAAGGGGGUGGAUGGGGGAUUUUCGUAAGAUACGAAAUGUGGCAAAAUAUGCUGCCAGACUAGGUCAAUCCUUUGGUUCAUCAACAGAAACUCUCAACGUCAGGAAAGAUGAAGUUGAAAGGAUACCAGAUGUGAAAACCAAAAGGCGUGGAGUUGACUAUGUUUUCUCUGAUGGUAUUGGGAAAAUAUCUCACCAAUUUGCUGUGGAAGUGGCUAGAAAAUGUGGUCUUAUGAGCUCGACCCCAUCUGCAUUUCAGAUUCGGUAUGGUGGGUUCAAAGGUGUUGUGGCAGUGGAUCCGACUUCUUCAAAAAAAUUAUCAUUAAGAAACAGCAUGCUCAAAUACGAAUCAGAUAAUACGAAACUUGAUGUUUUGGCAUGGAGCAGGUACCAGCCUUGCUUUCUUAAUCGCCAGAUUAUUACUCUGUUGUCUACUCUUGGAGUCGAGGAUCAUAUUUUUGAAAGGAAGCAAAGAGAGGCGCUAAGUCAACUGGAUGCUAUCUUGACGGAUCCUCUGGCGGCACAGCGUGCACUGGUGCUUAUGUCUCCAGGAGAGAGUACUAAGGUUCUUCUAGAAAUGCUUAUCUGUGGUUAUAGGCCAGAUGUGGAACCCUUUCUAUCGAUGAUGCUUCGAACAUUCUGUGCAUCGAAGUUGCUUGACUUGCGUACCAAAGCAAGGAUAUUUGUGCAAAAUGGAAGAUCGAUGAUGGGAUGUUUGGAUGAAACAAGGACUUUGAAAUAUGGUCAGGUGUUUGUACAACUGUCUAGUGUUGGAAAUUUGCAGAUUGGAAGCAAAACCAUGCUAAAGCCGAGCAGAAGUGAGUCACCCCUCGACACAUUUGUCUUUCAGGGAGAUUUGGUGGUUGCAAAAAACCCUUGCCUGCAUCCUGGAGAUGUCCGUGUCUUAGAGGCUGUUGAUGUUCCCUCUCUGCACCAUAUGGUUGAUUGCAUUGUUUUUCCUCAGAAAGGAAAGAGGCCACAUCCAGAUGAAUGUUCGGGAAGUGAUCUGGAUGGAGAUAUCUACUUUGUUUGUUGGGAUCCUGAUCUGGUUCCUCUUUGUUUGUGUCAUCCCAUGGAUUAUACCCCAGCUCCUACUGUAACUCUUGAUCAUGAUGUCACCAUUGAGGAGGUCGUGGAGUACUUCGCAGAUUACAUGGUCAAUGAUAGUUUAGGGAUUAUUGCAAACACUCACACAGUGUUCGCUGAUAAGGAGCCAAUGAAGGCGUGCAGCGAAUCAUGUGCUGAGCUUGCAGAGUUAUUUUCCAUAGCAGUUGACUUCCCAAAAACUGGUGUUCCUGCUAAAAUUCCUGGUCAUCUGCGAGUUAGAGAAUACCCAGACUUCAUGGAAAAGUCUGAUAAGUGCACCUAUGAGUCUCAACACGUGAUUGGGAAGCUUUACAGAGAGGUCAAGGAGGUUGCACCAUAUACCAAUUCUAUAAAUUCCUUCACGAGGGAAGUUGCUCUGAGCUCCUACGAUUGUCAAAUGGAAAUAGAAGGCUUUGAGGACUAUGUCAUGGAAGCCUUUCAGUACAAACUCGAGUAUGACUGCAAAUUGAGGAGCUUGAUGCAUUAUUAUGGCAUCAAAACCGAGGCUGAAAUGCUGAGUGGGAAUAUCCUGACGAAGUCAAAAUAUUUUGAUAAAAGAAGAGACCUGGAAGGUAUAAAUUCCGCUGCGAGGUCCUUGAGAAAGGAAGCCAGGUCAUGGUUCAAUGAAACGAAGUCAGGAUCAGCUUCUGGAGGUGUUAAUACAUAUGCGAAGGCAUCAGCUUGGUAUCAUGUCACCUACCACCCGGAGUUCUGGGGCCGCUACAAGGAGGAGGAUCAAGAAGAUCAUUUCUUAAGUUUUCCUUGGUGUGUUUAUGACAAGCUCCUUCACAUUAAAUCAGAGAGAGCUUCUAUAGAGAGGUUAGCAGAAAUCAACAUUUGACUGCAGAUUCUGAGUUAAAUUCUCCGAAUUGUUCAAAUACAUCUAAGAUGUAUGUCUUCUUUGUGAAAACAAAUGAUUUGCAUUAGUUGUCAUGUAAGUUCCACGGACAUGCUCUUAUAGCAUAUGUCAAUCUCUAACUAUCUUUGGUACUGUUGUAUUUUGCUUUUUAUGUGUGAAUAUAUAAGGAACUCCUUUUUA